AUGUUGAUAGAUAUAUUUUCUAAGAGAAGGAGAAUCUCCAUCAUUGGAUGUCUAGCGCAGAUGAAUACUAUUCUUUUCCUAGGAAGUACUGAAUGUACCCUACUGGCAGUUAUGGCGUAUGACCGUUAUAUCGCCAUACGCUUCCCUUUACAUUAUACCAUAUACAUGAAUUGGAGGACAUGUAAAGUCAUUACAGUCGUUACAUGGGUAGGACAUUUCAUUUAUAUCACUUCUCCGAUUAUCUUAAAGCCUCUUGUGUUCUGUACAGAAAAUAUUUUGGACCAUUUUGUCUGUGAGGUUUUGGCUCUUGUAGAGCUGGCAUGUGGAGAAGUCACCUUUUAUAAAACAUCUAUAUUUUUUGGAAGUUUAUUUACAAUUUUAACACCAUUUGUUUUCAUCAUAGUGUCCUACAUCUGCAUUAUUGUAUCUAUAUUAAAAAUCCACUCAGCGGGUGGAAGGGCUAAAGCCUUUUCAACGUGUGCUUCCCACCUGACCGUUGUGUUUAUGUUUUAUGGGACCAGUAUGACCAUGUACAUUGGACAAACUAAAAGGUUUUCCUACAACCUGAAGCAUGUAGCUGUAUUUUAUCUUAUCAUUACACCUUUGUUGAAUCCUUUGAUAUACAGUUUGAGAAAUAAUGAGGUGAAAGGAGCAUUUAAAACAAUAAUUACCAAGUCUUCUGCAUCAUGGAGCAGAUAA